UUAUUUGAAUCCGGCAUUCCAUUUUAGCCCUACUUUCAGGGCUGAUGCGGAGGUCCUUGAUGGGCUAUACUCAGUCAUGGAGAAGAUGGCACCUGUUGGUUGUACUCAGUCAGAUCUUAUGCGAGAGCUACAGUUGUUCUCAAAUGCACAAGGGGAGACCUUUUCUUGUCCUAUCGCCAAAGAAAGUAGGACAACUAUGAUGCCAGAUAAUUGGUGGAACUUUUUUGGCCCAACGACACCAAAUCUUCAGAAGUUGGCCAUUCGCAUCUUGAGCCAACCAUGCAGUGCAUCUGGUUGUGAGCGCAAUUGGAGUAUGUUUGAGCACAUACACUCCAAGAGGCGCAAUAGAUUAUCCGUGGAGAAGAUGAAUGAUCUUAUCUUUGUUCACUAUAACCUCCGCCUGAGAAUGAGAAAGAAUGCAUUAGCUGACAUCUCUCCUAUCAUUCUAGAUGAGGUUGAUCCUGAGGCAGAGUGGGCCAUUGAGAUAGAUCCUGUGGCUGUCUUUAGUGAUGAUGACACUGAUUGGAUCGACCAGGUAGAUAUAGAGGCUGAGGCUGUAGCCAUGGCAGAGGAGGAGCAGAGAGCACGAGCAGAGAGAGGAGAUUCAGAGGCAGAUGGUGAUAGUGACAGAGAUGGUGACAGUGACACAGAUGUUCCUGAUGUUGGUGAGCAUGGCGUGGUGUCACGAGGAGCGGCUAUGGCUGCCCAAUCAUCUAUGACCUACCUUAGACGCCUUCGUAGGGGGGCGGGGCCUUCAUCGGAGCCGACGUCGGGGCCGGAGGGUGCAGACUCCUCUGCGCCAUAGGCUUGUAGAUGUAUUUACCUUUGUUAUUUGUAUGGAACAUUUGAUGAUGAUCAUAUGAUGACAUGGAUUUUUUAUUCCAUGAGUUUUGUAAUAUUGUAUACAUUUGACAAUAUUUAUAUAUCUAUGUUUGUUA